GGGAAGAGGCUCGGGCGAGCAUGCGCGGUAGCCGCGCUGGCGUUGCUCGUCGGAAGCGUCGCAACGAGCGGGGUGCUAUGGAGGAACGGGGUACCUGUCUGGGCCGCUGAAGCGCAUUCUCCUUGGCCAACCACCUGAUUCCUGUGUUUGGGCCCCCUGCUGAAAGUCACCAUGUCAGGAGCUGGAAGCAAGCGGGCCGCUGGAGAUGGAGGAGCAGGACCUCCUGAGAAGAAAGCCAACCGGGAGGAGAAGACUACCACCACUCUGAUUGAGCCUAUCCGGCUUGGGGGCAUCUCUUCCACGGAGGAGAUGGACCUCAAGGUGCUUCAGUUCAAGAAUAAGAAGCUGGCAGAAAGGCUGGAGCAGCGGCAAGCCUUUGAGGAUGAGUUGCGUGAGCGCAUAGAGAAGCUGGAGAAGAGGCAGGCCACUGAUGAUGCGACCCUCUUGAUUGUCAACCGCUACUGGAAGCAGCUAGAUGAAACAGUGCAGGUCCUCCUAAGACGUUACGAUGGAGACUGUGGGCAGGUCCCAGAGGAGCCCAAAUUGGAAAUCCCAGGAUCAGAUUUGGAAGCUGUUCUCUUAGAGAGUUCUGAAAGGAGAGAGGCAGUGCUGUCCCCCGUUACGCCCCCUGCCCCCUGGAAGGCUGGGGACCUUGUGCUGAAUGAGCCAUCCCUUUCCUUCUUGGCCACCUUGGCCAGCAGCAGCAAUGAAGAAAUCGAGCUGCAGCUCCAAGAACGCAUGGAGUUCUCCAAAGCCGCUGUCUCCCGCAUUGUGGAGGUUUCUGACAAGAUCCACCGGCGCACAGAGGAGCUCUGCCAGAAGAUCCAUGCUCGGGUGGAGUUUGACCAACUGGAAGAAGUUGUGAAGGCCCUCAACAAGGAACUGACGAGAGAGAACCGGCAUCUGCAGGACCUAAUCACCCAGCUGCAGGAGAAACACCAUAAAAUUUCAUUGGAGUACACAGAACUGCAGGACAAAGUGACUUCAUCAGAGACCAAAGUGCUGGAAAUGGAAACAACUAUUGAGGACCUGCAAUGGGACAUCGAGAAGCUGCGCAAACGGGAACAGAAGAUCAACAAGCACCUGGCAGAAGCGUUGGAGCAGCUGAAUUCAGGUUACUAUGCAUCAGGCAGUUCUGGUGGGUUCCAGGGUGGCCAGAUCACCCUUAGCAUGCAGAAGUUUGAGAUGUUGAAUGCAGAGCUGGAAGAAAAUCAAGAACUUGCCAACAGUCGCAUGGCAGAGCUGGAGAAAUUGCAGCAAGAAAUGCAGCAGGCUGUUAGAACUAAUGAGAAGCUUAAGGUGGCGCUGCGGAGUCUUCCCGAAGAGGCCGUGAAGGAGACUCUGGAGUACAAAGUGCUACAGUCCCAGUUCUCACUGCUGUACAAUGAGAGCCUGCAGGUGAAAACACAGCUCGAUGAGGCCCGGGCCCUGCUUCUCACCACCAAGAACAGCCACCUGCGCCACAUCGAGCACAUGGAGAGUGAUGAGCUGAAUGUGCAGAAGAAGCUGCGGACGGAGGUGAUCCAGCUGGAGGACACCCUGGCUCAGGUGCGCAAGGAGUACGAGAUGCUGCGCAUCGAAUUUGAGCAGAACCUGGCAGCCAACGAGCAAGCUGGUCCCAUCAACCGGGAGAUGCGCCACCUCAUUAGCAGCCUCCAGAAUCAUAACCAUCAGCUGAAGGGAGACGUGCAACGGUAUAAGCGCAAACUGCGGGAGGUGCAGGCUGAGAUCAACAAGGUUCGCAUGCAACAGAGUGGGUUUCCUUCUGGUUUGGCCGCUGUACCUCCAACCCCAGGAAACGAAGACUCUGGGGGGCCACUGGGCCCCCCUGGGGUAGCCCCUCUUAAAGAGGAGGAGGAAACAGCACCCUCCGAAGUAAAGAAGGAACUCAAGGAGGUGCAAGUAAAGAAGGAGCCCAAGGAAGAGGUGGUGUCUCCUCAGCUGCUUGGGAACCCUGAGGGAGUGAAAAAGGAAGAAGAGGAGACCUCUGCCCCCCAGCCUCCCACUCCUCAGCCACCGCCACCACCCCGUGCCAAGGAGCCUGAGCGGUCCAAGGGACGUGGUGGAGACCGGGGCGUUGACCGUGAGAGGUCACGGGAUCGUGACAAAGAGGCCUCUUCUUCCUCCUCCUCUUCCUCCUCCUCUUCUUCAAGGGAUCGGGAGAAGCAGAAAGGUGGCGGAGGUAGCGAAGAUGCCAAGAAGAAAGAUUCAGAUCUGCUCAAGCAGCUACGAACUGAACUCAAAAAGGCUCAGGAGAGCCAGAAGGAGAUGAAGCUUCUCUUGGACAUGUACAAGUCAGCACCCAAGGAACAGCGGGACAAAGUGCAACUCAUGGCAGCCGAGAAGAAAACCAAAGCUGAGGUGGAAGAGCUGCGGGUGAGGAUCCGUGAACUGGAGGAGAAGGAGAAGAAAGAGAGCAAGAAAAUGGCCGAUGAGGAUGCCUUACGUAAGAUCAAGUUGGCCGAGGAACAAAUUGAGCAUCUGCAGAAAAAGCUGGCAGCAACCAAGCAGGAGGAAGAGGCUCUGCUCUCAGAGAUGGACGUGACGGGCCAAGCUUUUGAGGACAUGCAAGAGCAGAACAUGCGACUAAACCAGCAGCUGCGCGAGAAGGAUGACGCCAACUUCAAGCUGAUGUCAGAGCGCAUCAAAUCCAACCAGAUUCACAAGCUCCUGCGGGAGGAGAAGGAAGAACUGGCUGAGCAGGUGCUGGCCCUCAAGUCUCAGGUGGACACGCAGCUCUUAGUAGUGCAAAAGCUGGAGGAGAAGGAGCGAGUUCUGCAGGGCAAUAUGGGCACCGUGGAGAAAGAGCUCACCUUGCGCAGCCAGGCUCUGGAGCUCAACAAGAGGAAGGCAGUGGAGGCAGCCCAGCUGGCGGAAGACCUGAAGGUGCAGCUGGAGCACGUGCAGGCUAAACUGAAGGAGAUCCAGACCUGCAUGGCUGAGAACCGGGCAGCCAAAGAGAAGGAGUCUUUCAACCUCAAAAGAGCUCAGGAGGACAUAUCUCGCCUUCGGCGCAAACUGGAAAAACAGCGCAAAGUGGAGGUGUAUGCAGAUGCUGAUGAGAUCUUACAGGAGGAGAUCAAGGAGUACAAGGCUAAGCUCACGUGUCCGUGUUGCAACACGCGCAAGAAGGACGCCGUCCUCACCAAAUGCUUCCACGUCUUCUGCUUCGACUGUGUCAAGACGCGCUACGACACCCGCCAGCGGAAAUGCCCCAAGUGCAAUGCCGCCUUUGGUGCCAAUGACUUCCACCGGAUCUACAUCAGCUGAGCAUCUGGCCCUGUUUCCCCUAACUUGCCCUUCCAUCCGUGGACUACCCAGGGGUCUCGUGGUUUACCUUAUCAAGACCAGCCUUAGAUCCACCAGGACCUGUUCCACCUUUUCUUGGGCUCUAGUCUGGGGAUCCCUUCAGUCGUCCAAGGUACUUCCUGAGGUCCCUGUUCAAGUGGAUCCCUAUCCCCGAAAUACCCCCUCUCUUCUCCCUGCCGAGUACCUUCCUGAGCCUGCUCACAGAUUUUCCUUUGGGUAUCACUGGAUCCUUUCCCUGGAUCCCGAAGAACUUGUUCCAUUGCUCUUCUUCCUUUCAGCCUUCCCUGAAGAGGCUCUCCAACUUGCCUUGGAAUUCAGUGGUUUCUCUUCAAGCAUUUUACAAACUUAACACAGGAUCCUCAAUCGCUGGCUGCUGGGAGCAGUCAUGCAGCUCUAAUGCCCCCUCUUGAAAAUGGCAUUCCUAUUUUUUAAGGAUUUCAAGAACUGCUUGAGUGUUUUGGAAAUAAAUGUAGGGGUGGUCUGCCCCUGCAAGAUUCCUCUCUGUUCC